CGCACAUUAAUCUUUUAUGCUGGUCACUCUCCACCUUCUGCAAUGGCUUGCAACAAAAGACAACGGAGCUCUUCAUCACACACCAAUAAUUUUGAUGUGUUUGUUAGCUUUAGAGGCGCAGAUACUCGUAACGGUUUCACAAAUCACCUUUUUGCAGCUCUUCAAAGAAAAGGAGUUGUUGCUUUCACAGAUGACCAAACAAUCCAGAAAGGGGACUUUUUGGAGUCUGAACUCUUGCUCGCAAUUGAAGGAUCACGCGUUUUCAUUGUUGUCUUCUCAAAGGACUAUGCAUCAUCCACAUGGUGCAUGAAAGAGCUUACGAAGAUCGUCGAUUGGGUUGAAGUAACAGGUCGAAGUUUGCUCCCUAUUUUCUAUGAUGUCACUCCUUCUGAGGUCCGAAAACAGAGUGGAGAGUUUGCAAAAGCUUUUGCUGAACACGAAGAAAGGUUCAAAGAUGACUUGGAAAUGGUAAAAGAAUGGAGGGCAGCUCUCAAAACAAGCUGCGAUCGUUGUGGGUGGGAUGUGCAAAAUAAGCAACAAUAUGAAGAAAUUGAAAACGUUGUUGAAGAGGUAAUCAACAUAUUGGGUCGUGAUCAAAUUUGGAAUUUUGGCGAUGAUUUAGUUGACAUGCAUUCUCGUGUUAAAAAAUUGGAAGAACUUCUAGAUCUGAGUGCUAAUGAUAUUGUUCACCUUGUGGGAAUUGUUGGAAUGGGUGGAAUAGGAAAGACCACACUUGCAACUGCAUUGUUCAAUAAAAUCUCUCCUCAAUUUAAUGCUUGUUGUUACCAUGAUGAUUUAAGCAAAAUUUAUUGUAAUUUUGGAGCAGCAAGUGCACAAAAACAACUUCUUUGUCAAGCUCUAAAUCAAGGAAAUAUCGAGAUACACAAUGCUUCCCAUGGAACUAUGUUGAUAAGAACUAGAUUAUGUCACUUAAAAGCGCUUGUUGUUGUUGAUAAUGUUGAUCAAGUUGAACAAUUAAAGAAAUUGGGUUUGCAAUCUGAAUAUCUGGGUGCAGGGAGCAGAAUCAUCAUAAUUUCUAGAAAUUGUCGUAUCUUGCAAAAUUACGGAGUAAAUAAAGUUUACGAAGUUGAAGUCUUGGACAAAACUCAAUCUCUUCAAUUACUUCGCAAGAAAGCUUUUAGAUCGAAUGAUAUUGGGAAAGAACAUAAAGGGUUGACAUUAGAUAUACUGAAGUAUGUGAAUGGUCUUCCUUUAGCUAUUGAAGUAUUGGGCUCAUUUUUACUUGAUCGAGAUGUUUGUGAAUGGAGAAGUGCAUUGACUAGAAUGGAAGAAAAUCCAAGCAAAGAUAUCAUGGAUGUGUUGCGAAUAAGUUAUGAUGGAUUGGAGAAUAUAGAGAAAGAAAUAUUUCUAGAUAUUGCUUGUUUCUUCUCCAAUAAUAAUUCCUACUCAUGGGAGCCAACAGUGAAGAAAUUUUUGGACUAUCGACAAUUUUAUCCUGACAUUGGUAUGAAAGUUCUGAUUGAGAAGUCACUUAUAAGUCGUCAAAAUGGAAAUAUUAAAAUGCAUGACUUGUUGAAAGAGUUGGGUAAGAGUAUUGUCCGAGAAAAAGCACCCAAAGAACCAAGGAAGUGGAGCAGGUUAUGGAACUACAAGGAUCUCCAAAAAGUCAUGAAAAUAAAUAAGGAAGCCAAAAAUGUUGAAGCUAUAUUUAUUGAACAACAUGAAAAAGAGUUUCUACAAGGAAGAAUAAGAGUGGAUACUUUAUCAAAAAUGGAUCAGCUUGAGUUGCUCAUUCUGAAGAAUGUGAACUGUUAUGGAACUCUCAAUUUCAUUUCUAAUGAACUGAGAUAUCUAUUUUGGAAUCACUUUCCUUGGUUGUCUUUGCCAUCAACUUUCUUUCCAGAUCAACUUGUAGAAUUGAUCCUACCUCAUAGCAAUAUCAAGCAAUUAUGGGAAGGAAAAAAGUGUCUGCCUAAUUUGAGAAAUUUGGAUCUGAGUCACUCCAAAAAUCCUAUUGAGGCGCCAGACUUAAGUGAGGUUCCACGUCUUACGUAUCUUGAUCUCAAAGGAUGUAUACAACUAGUCCACAUCCAUCCAUCCAUUGGUAUUCUAAGAGACCUUCGUCGUUUGAAUUUGAAAAGUUGUAAAAAUCUUAUUGAGGUGUCAGACUUAAGUGAGGUUCCACGUCUUACGGAUCUUAAUCUCAAAGGAUGUAUACAACUAGUCCACAUCCAUCCAUCCAUUGGUAUUCUAAGAGACCUUCGUCUUUUGAAUUUGAAGAAUUGUAAAAAUCUUGUCCUUAAUCUGAAUAUCCUUUUUGGGAUCAGUUCUCUUAAGACCUUAAAUAUCUCAGGCUGUUCACAAUUACUUAAUAGUAAGAUGUUAAUGGACCCAAGUGACACAAAACAUUUGGAGAAAGUUGAUAAAAAUACAAAUAUCAUCCAAUUGCCAACAUCCUCUGUAUACAAACUUCUAAUGUUGCCUUUCCAUUUUUUCUACCCUCCAAAACCUCAAGUUUCACUUGGUUUGUUAUCGUCUUUUUUGUCUUUCUCUGUCCCGUGUUUGUGUGAUCUUGACAUAAGCUUCUGUAAUCUACUUCAAAUCCCAGAUGAAAUUGGGAACUUACGUUCUUUAAAAUUAUUAAAUUUGGGGGGAAACAAAUUUGUGACACUACCAAGCACCAUCAAGCAACUUUCCAAUCUUCGAUGUUUGAACUUGACACAGUGCAAGGAGUUAAAAUAUUUGCCCGAGCUUCCAAAAAUACAAGAAAUUACAAUUGGCAGAUGCUAUAGCUUAUACACUUUUGACUGCUCCAAGUUGAGUGAUAUGGAACACUGUUAUAGCAUAUUUUUUUCUUGGAUGACGAAAAAUCUUGAGGAUUACUUGGUCCCUCGGAUGGAAAUUGUUAUUCCUGGAAUUGAAAUUCCAAAAUGGUUCAGUAAACAAAACGCAAGUACAUCAAUAAGUAUGGACCCAUCUGCUGUUAUAGAUGACCCAAAUUGGAUAGGUGUUUCCAUUUGUGCUCUAUUUGUCACACACGAAGGUCCUGUGAAUUUGGAUGAAAGAGAUUAUCCUACAAACGAUACUCUUUAUUACGGUGUCAAUAAUUUCAUCAACUUUGGGCUAAAAAUGUAUUCAAGAGUUUCUCUAAAAUUCAAGAAAGAUCUGGUGACAGUUGGGUUAGAUUAUUUGUUAAUAGUGUUUUACUCUCGACAAGAUUUCAUUCAUCUUCUAAAUGGACAUUCAGAUACCAUGCAUGAUCUUCAAGCAGUUAAAUUUGAAACUUGGGUUGAGAGUCUUCCAGGUUUACGUUUUAUGGUGAAGAAGUGCGGGUAUCGUUGGGUAUUUAAGGAGGAUCUUCAACAAUUCAACUCAGACAAGUUUUUCAGCAGAAAUUCUUCAUCACGGAAGAGGAAGCUUCUAACAAGUGAGUAACCACAGAGAUCCUUCAACCACCAUUCCAUCACAGAAAUCUUGAUCCUUUUUGAGGAUUCAUUUGGAGACAUUUGAAAAAGGAGAAGGUGAUUUUUGCGAGAGAAAUCUAGAGAACCCUCCUCCCUCCCAUCCACCCACAAGCGUCCCUCUCCCCACAAGCGUCGCCGCCAUUGUUAGAAUUUGAAGUUCGUCGGAGUGCCGUUGUUGAUCGCAACGUUGUACGCGCCACUGUUCCGCCGUUUGGAACCAACGAACUCUGAAACCGCCAUUGAGGGUGGUUUUCGAAGCUUGCCUCCAUUCUUUUCGGAGGAACUACAACAACUUAGGGAAAAGUAUGCUUGUGAUUGGAUUUUGGAUGUCGACAAUGUGCGGAAGGAUGAAGUGUUGCAAGAUUUAAGGCUUAUGUAAAUAUUUUAGUUUUUUUAGAAAAUUUUCAAAAUGUAUUCA